GAGAAGUGCCGGACCAAGGUAUGGGUUUAUGCAACUAAUCGGCAGUAUUGACCAGGAAGAUGGCUGAAGGAGGGAUCCCAGACCUGCCGCCUCAAUCUCCUGCCUCUAUCAAGGCUUAUGGAACCAUGGAAUCAGCUGAGCAACCUCAAGGAUCAUCACAGCGACCCACCAGAAGGGCUUACAUCGCUAUUGUUACGCUUUGCCACCUGAACCUGGUGAAUUACAUGGACUGGUUUCUUGUAGCAGUUUUCAUUCUCUGUUUCUUGUUCUCGGCUCCUGUUUUUGGAUAUCUUGGGGACCGAUACAAUCAGAAAAUCACCCUCAGCAUUGGAAUAUCCUUGUGGUCAGCGGCUACCUUUUGUAGCUCCUUCAUCCCUGCCUCGAUGCCCUGGCUGUUUUUUAUUUCACGGGGACUGGUGGGUGCUGGUACCUCCAGCUUCUCCACCAUAGCACCCACCAUCAUUGCUGACUUGUUUGAGAAAGACUAUCGAACGUGGAUGUUGUCAGUCUUCUACAUCUUCAUACCUGUUGGAAGUGGACUCGGUUAUAUCCUGUCAUCUGGAGUGACGCGUGCAAGCGGUUUUUGGGGCUGGGGCUUCAGGGAUGUCGGUUCUCCCAAGCAAAACAGCUUUUUGCAAUUGACUGAUGGCGGAAGUUUAUCAAUGCCAAUGGCACCCAACUGGAGCUUUGUAGGAUCCUCGCUGGGUGUAACUUGCAUGGGUUUCAUCACUGGCGCUCUCGGUUUCUGGAUGCCUCUGUUCCUUUACAGAGCUGAGGUUGUUUUGGGUAUUAGACAACCAUGCAGCAAAGAACCAUGUGAAAGCCACAAUAGCCUUCCCAAAUAUGACAUGCCUUUAUGUAGUUUGGAUAUUUUUAUUGCCCUUGCGGGAUUUUUUUUAUCUUUAAACUGGGCCAUUGUGACUGACAUCCUCUUGUAUGUAGUGAAACCUGCAUGUCAGUCAACUGCACUUUCUCUUCAAAUUUUUAUGAGCCAUUUGCUGGGUGAUGCUGGCAGCCCCUACUUCAUUGGAAUUAUUGCAAAUACAAUCAAGAGGCACCAAGGAGAUGAUUCCAGUUUCUGGAAUUUCCAGAGUCUUAAAUACAGUUUUGUGAUUUGCAUUUUUAUUGGUGUCAUUGGAGGAGGCUGUUUCCUCCUGACUGCUGUUCAUAUUGAAGAAGAUUCGAAGAAAGCAGCAGCACCAGCCACACCAGCACCAGUGACACCAGUGCAAGACUCCCAUGGGACCAUGCAGAGGUAA